CUGUCUGUCUUCAUUGAAGGGACCUGAUGUUUUACGUUAUUGGUGGAAUCACAGUGUCUGUGGUCGCCUUCUUCUUCACAAUUAAGUUCUUCUUUGAGCUUGCCGCACGAGUAGUCAGCUUCCUCCAGAAUGAAGACCGGGAGCGCCGAGGGGACCGGACUAUUUAUGACUACGUGCGAGGAAAUUACCUGGACCCCCGGUCCUGCAAAGUCUCCUGGGAUUGGAAGGACCCCUAUGAGGUGGGCCAUAGCAUGGCCUUCCGAGUGCAUUUAUUUUACAAGAAUGGACAGCCCUUCCCUGCUCAUCGGCCUGUGGGAUUACGAGUUCACAUCUCCCAUGUUGAGCUAGCAGUGGAUAUUCCAGUAACCCAGGAAGUUCUUCAGGAACCCAAUUCCAAUGUUGUAAAAGUAGCCUUUACUGUUCGCAAGGCUGGUCGCUAUGAAAUCACAGUGAAACUUGGUGGAUUAAGUGUGGCUUAUAGUCCCUACUACAAAAUUUUUCAGCCUGGGAUGGUGGUUCCUUCCAAAACUAAAAUUGUGUGCCAUUUCUCUACUCUUGUUCUGACCUGUGGGCAACAGCAUACCCUUCAGAUAGUCCCUCGAGAUGAGUAUGACAAUCCUACCAACAAUUCUGUGUCUUUAAUUGAUGAACACAAUUACAGCGUGUCUAUUCAUGAGCUUGGUCCUCCAGAAGAAGAAAGUACUGAUGUCUCAUUUGAGAAAUCGGUAACAUCCAAAAGACAGACAUGCCAGGUGUUCCUUAGGCUCACCUUGCAUUCCCGGGGAUGCUUCCAUGCCUGCAUUUCAUAUCAAAAUCAGCCAAUCAGCAAUGGUGAAUUUGAUGUAAUUGUCCUAAGUGAGGAUGAGAAGAACAUCGUAGAACGCAAUGUAUCCACCUCAGGGGUCAGUAUUUACUUUGAGGCUUAUCUUUAUAAUGCCACUAACUGUGCCAACCCACAGUGGCAUCUCCCACCCAUGCACAUGAGUUCUUCCCAACGCCGUCCUUCCACUGCCACUGAGGAGGAGGAUGAGGAUUCACCCUCUGACAGCCAGACCCCUGAGAAGGUGAAAAAACCCAAAAAGGUGUACUGCUAUGUAUCACCCAAGCAACUCUCAGUGAAAGAAUUCUACCUGAAAAUCAUUCCUUGGCGCCUCUAUACCUUUAGAGUUUGCCCUGGGACAAAGUUUUCAUACCGUGGACCUGACCCUGUGCAUAAGCUGCUCACACUAGUGGUUGAUGAUGGGAUCCAACCUCCUGUAGAGCUUAGCUGUAAGGAAAGGAACAUCUUAGCAGCCACUUUCAUCCGUUCUCUCCAUAAAAACAUAGGAGGCUCAGAGACCUUUCAGGACAAGGUGAACUUCUUCCAACGAGAGCUUCGGCAGGUGCAUAUGAAAAGGCCACACUCAAAGGUUACACUGAAGGUCAGCAGACACACCCUGUUGGAGUCUUCUCUGAAAGCCACUCGGAAUUUCUCCAUUUCAGAUUGGAGUAAGAAUUUUGAAGUAAUUUUCCAGGAUGAAGAAGCUCUGGAUUGGGGAGGCCCUCGCCGUGAAUGGUUUGAGCUAACUUGCCGAGCGUUGUUUGACACCACCAAUCAGCUUUUCACUCGAUUCAGUGACAACAACCAAGCUCUGGUGCAUCCAAAUCCUAAUCGACCUCCACAUCUUCGGCUAAAGUUAUAUGAGUUUGCAGGGCGGCUUGUAGGCAAGUGUCUGUAUGAAUCAUCCUUAGGAGGAGCUUAUAAGCAACUGGUACGAGCUCGUUUUACUCGUUCUUUUCUGGCUCAAAUCAUAGGACUUCGGAUGCACUAUAAGUACUUUGAAACUGAUGAUCCAGAGUUUUAUAAAUCCAAGGUGUGUUUCAUUCUCAACAAUGACAUGAGUGAGAUGGAACUGGUUUUUGCAGAAGAGAAAUACAACAAAUCAGGGCAGCUGGAUAAGGUUGUAGAGCUCAUGACAGGGGGAGCUCAAGUCCCAGUCACCAACUCAAAUAAAACUUUCUACCUAAAUUUGUUGGCACAAUACAGGCUGGCCAGCCAAAUUAAAGAUGAAGUGGAACAUUUUUUGAAAGGCCUGAAUGAAUUAGUUCCUGAAAACCUUUUGGCUAUUUUUGAUGAAAAUGAACUUGAGCUGCUGAUGUGUGGUACUGGUGAUAUCAGUGUCUCUGACUUCAAGGCACAUGCUGUGGUAGUGGGAGGCUCGUGGCAUUUCAGGGAAAAGGUAAUGAGAUGGUUUUGGACGGUGGUCUCCAGCCUCACACAGGAAGAGUUGGCAAGGUUACUUCAGUUUACAACUGGCUCCUCUCAGUUGCCACCUGGAGGCUUUGCUGCCCUCUGUCCCUCAUUCCAGAUCAUUGCGGCUCCCACUCACAGCACGUUACCCACCGCACACACAUGUUUUAACCAGUUGUGCCUCCCUACAUAUGACUCAUAUGAAGAUGUGCACAAAAUGCUGCAGCUGGCCAUCAGCGAGGGCUGCGAGGGCUUUGGCAUGCUCUGA